AUGGCCGAUCUACUUAAACUAAAGUAUUGUCAAUUACAAUCAACAAGUCUUGUAUUUAACUCGCUGCUCGUGCACUAUUCAAAACUUGACGGUACGUUGAGGCAGUGCUUUCUUACGCACAACAACUCAUUCGAUCCCCAAAACUCGCAAUUCUUGGUUUUUGUUGAAGUAAUGAAAGAACAUUACGCUGCCGAUAGCGACAAUACUAUACCGAUAAUAAAAAUGAACAACGAAGGUGCAACAACAAGACAUGCUGUGAUCGGCCUCAACGACGUCAAACAUCAAGUAGGUUUGGUCCAGCCAUCCACUGAUUCACUUGAGUAUAAAGUUGUUGCACCAUACAAGAUUUUCAACGGAAACUUCGUGUGCAUUGUGGAAAGUAUUCUAAUUUAUGCAGAUUUUGGUCAUGACUGCCAUGCCUUGGUUUAUGGGGAUCACUGAUAUAUACAUUGCUAGGAACUUAUCCUUGCCCAAGGAUUUUUAAGGAUGCAUCCUAAAUUUCAAAGACAGUCAGCUUAAAGAAAAAAUAUGUUCUCCAUAUACUUUCGUAACCAAAUCUCUAUUUUACAAAAAGAUUCAACAAUAA